GCGCGCUGAUGCCUGUGCCAAAAAUGGGGAGGCUCGUGUGGACCGCUGUUGUGCUUCUCCUGGGAGUGGGACUGGGGUCCUGCGCGCGGAGAGAUUACUUUAUAGGAAUUAAAGAGAUUGCGUGGGAUUACGCCCCCACCGGGACUAAUCAGAUCCAGAACAAAACCACCGCGGAGGAUGAAAUUGCACGCAAGUACCUGGAGAAGGGUGAGGUGCGGAUUGGGCGUGUUUACAAGAAGGCGGUGUAUUUGCAGUACACUGACGCCACCUACAGGCAGGAAGUGGAAAAGCCCAAGUGGCUGGGCUUCAUGGGUCCCAUGAUCAGCGCUGAGGAGGGCGACGUGGUGUACGUUCACCUGAAGAACAUGGCCACCAAGACCUUCUCCAUACACCCACAUGGCAUCAGCUACAACAAAACCAGCGAAGGUGCACUGUACCCAGACAACACUGAGCUGAGGGAAAAAGAGGACGAUGGCAUCUCUCCAGGGCACGCGUACACAUACAUGUGGAACUUGGAGGCGUCCCACGCACCCAGCAGAGAUGACACCAACUGCCUGACGCGCGUCUACCACUCUCAUGUCAACGGCCCCAAAGAUAUAGCCUCUGGCCUCGUGGGCCCCCUCAUCAUAUGCAAAAAGGGAACAUUGGAUGUUCACGGUGAUAAGAGUGGAGACUACCUGUAUGCACUGAUGUUCACCGUAUCUGAUGAGAACUUGAGUUGGUACCUGGAUGAUAAUAUAAAGACCUACUGCACCGCCCCCACCAAAGUCAACAAGGACGAUGAGGGAUUCCAGCAGAGCAACAAGAAACCUUCGAUAAACGGCUACAUGUUUGGUAACCUGCCGGGCCUCAGCAUGUGCAUGGGCAAUAAGAUCCACUGGCACCUGCUGGGCAUGGGCAACGAGAUGGACGUGCACUCCAUCCACUUCCACGGCCAGAUCCUCACCCACAUGGGCCACCACACGGACACCGUCAGCCUCUUCCCUGCAUCUUUUGUCAACGUCGUCAUGGACGCAGACAACCCGGGCCAGUGGCUCAUGGGAAACGCGGUCAAUGAUUAUGUGCAUGAUGGCAUGCAAGCCAUUUUUGAGAUUAAGAAGUGCUUCCCCGAGGUCCACAAGCCCAGGCCACACGGUGACAUGCGCCAGUACUACAUAGCCGCAGAGGAGUCCAUUUGGGACUACGGCCCCACACAGAAGAACCAGUACUCUGGAUCUCCUCUCAGGACUGAUGAUGACGCUGGUACAUUUUUUGAGAUUGCUAAUAACCGCAUUGGAGGGAAAUACAAGAAGGUGAGAUAUGUGGAGUAUACGGAAGACAAGUUCCUAAAGGUCAAGGAGAGAGCUCCUGAGGAACAGCAUCUGGGAAUUCUGGGCCCUGUGAUCAGGGCAGAGGAGGAGGACACCAUUAGAGUGACCUUCAAGAACAAGGCGUCGCUGCCCUACACCAUCCAACCCCACGGGGUCCAGUACGAAAUACAGGAGGAUGGCACCCUUUACCACAAUGUGCUGGAAGAGUCCUACACGGCCCAAAAGCUGCGUGAACUCAAAAAACUGCCAAGGAUCGUGACCCCACCUCCUGCAGCCAUGGUCCGCCCAGGGGCCACCUACACAUACACCUGGGUGAUCCCCAAAGGGGCGGGGCCUGCAGGAGAGGAUGCCGACUGCAUUAACUACCUGUACUAUUCUGCUGUCGACCCCGUCAAGGACACCAACUCUGGACUAGUGGGACCCCUGCUGGUGUGCAAGCGUAAGGCUCUCAAGAACGGAAAACAGAAAAAUGUUGACAAAGAAUUUCAUUUACUGGCCAGCAUCUUUGAUGAGAACUUGAGCUGGUAUUUGGACGAAAACAUCAAACUGUUCAGUCAGUCUCCAAACACAGUCAAGAAGUACGACGACGAAUUCCAGGAGUCAAACAAAAUGCACUCCAUCAAUGGCUACAUGUAUGGCAACCUGCCGGGGCUGACCAUGUGCAAGGGGGACAAGGUGUCCUGGCACCUGGCAGGGCUGGGCUCAGCACUGGACAUCCACGGACUCCACUUCCAGGGCAACAGGUUCAUCUACAGAGGCACCCGCAGAGACGUGCUCAACGUGUUCCCCCACAUCUCACACACUGUCAUCAUGGAGCCCGACAGCAUGGGGCAGUUUGAGGUGGUGUGCAAGACGGCGGACCACUACCAGGCGGGCAUGAGGGCCAACUACACUGUGGAGAAGUGCAGCAUCUUCAACCGGCAGGGCGAGGUGAUGCUGCAGCAGAAGAAGUACUACAUUGCAGCUGUGGAGGUGGACUGGGACUACUCACCCAGCCGCACCUGGGAGACGCUCAUGUACAAGGGCCUGCAGGACAGCCCAGGCAAUGCAUUCCUGAGCAAAGACACAGGCUUCAUCGGCCCCAAGUACAAGAAGGUUGUCUACAGGGAGUACACAGACGACAAAUUCGUCAAGCAGAAGGAGAGACUGGCUGACGAGGCGCACCUGGGAAUCAUAGGCCCUAUGAUCCAUGGCAACGUUGGAGAGAAAGUGAAGGUGGUAUUUAAGAACAUGGCCUCAAGGCCCUAUUCCAUACAUGCACAUGGAGUGAAGACCGAAAGCCCCCAAGUUUAUGCAACUAAACCAGGUGAGACGCACACGUACACCUGGUACAUCCCGAAUUCAGCUGGGCCAACUAAAGACGAGAAGACAUGCAAUGUUGGGGCCUAUUAUUCCACUGUGAAUGUAAACAAGGACCUUUACAGUGGUUUGAUCGGUCCACUGGUGAUAUGCAAAACGAGCUGGGCGAGGACAUUUGGCCUGAAGAAGGAGAUUGAGGAGUUUGCCCUUCUCUUCAUGGUGUUCGAUGAGAACCAGUCCUGGUACCUGGACGAGAACAUCAAAACCCACAUCAGAAAUCCCAGCGCCAGACUGAAGGAAGAUGAAAAUUUUAUCGAGAGCAACAAGAUGCAUGGUAUCAAUGGGCUGAUGUACGGCAACCUGAAGGGCCUGAGCAUGGAGGUGGGCGACAAGGUGUACUGGUACCUGAUGGGCAUGGGAAAUGAGGUGGACAUCCACACCGCUCACUUCCACGGCCACAGCUUUGAGUACAAGAUGGAAGGCAGCCACCGCGCAGACGUCUUCGAGCUGUUCCCCGGCACUUUCCAAACCAUCGACAUGAGGCCGCUGUACCCGGGCACCUGGAUGCUGCACUGCCACGUCACCGACCACCUCAUGGCCGGCAUGGAGACCACUUACACGGUUAAGGAGAAGGAGAAGAAGAAGGGAAUUUUCGGGCGCUGAAGACAGUAACCUCACAGAAAGACGUCCCCCAUGUACACUGCUACCGCAAAAGUUUCUACACUGCUACACACAACUUCCUUCAUGCUCACUUUCUAAUAAACACUACUGUACAUAAAGUAUCUUUCUGGCACAUUCAAAUAAACCUCAGAGGAAGAGAGAGAGA